UGUGCUAGUGCUGAAUAAUGAUGAUCCCAGCACGCUUAUAAAAUGAUGAGGCAGAGCGCUCACCACAGAGCUGUUCCUUGCAGCCCUGGUCCUCUGCAGAGCAUCCCAACGCCUCGUCAGCCAAGGUCCAUUUCCCACCUGCAUCCCAGCGCAGCCAUGCUGGGCACAGCAGUGCGGCUCUCGGUCCUGCUUGGCCUCCUCGGCGUUGGGAAAGGCCAGAUGUUUCACAUGGGACCAUGCCCAGAUCCACCAGUCCAAGAAGACUUCGAUAUCAACAAGUAUUUGGGGAAAUGGUACGAGAUAGAGAAGCUGCCGUCAAGUUUCGAGAAAGGAAGCUGCAUCCAGGCAAAUUACUCGUUGAAGGAGAAUGGGAAGUUCAAGGUGAUCAACAAGGAGCUGCUUUCCAAUGGCAAAAUCAACGAAAUCGAAGGAGAAAUCAUGCAUAUGGAUGUCAAGGAGCCGGCCAAGCUGGGUGUCCGCUUUAACUGGUUCAUGCCUUCUGCCCCUUACUGGGUCAUCUCCACCGACUAUGAAAACUACUCACUGGUUUACUCCUGCACCAACAUCCUCUGGCUCUUCCACAUUGACUAUGCCUGGAUUAAAUCAAGAGCUCCCGAGAUGCACCCAGAAACCGUGGAGCACCUGAAGAGCGUUCUCCAGUCCUACAAGAUUGACACCGACAAAAUGGUGCCCACGGAUCAACUUAACUGCCCUCCCGAGAUGUAACUCCUGGAACGCAGUAACACAGCGCUAGACCAGCGAUGGACUUUGUUGCUUUCUUUAUUAGCCACUAGAAUUUCUCUGUGUAACAGCGAAAUGUAAUAAUCCUUUCGCUAAUGGUAGUCUGACCUGAGUUGCUCCUUGCUGUCAUUCCCUCUAUUGCUCUCGCCUGCUUUUUCAUCUCGCACUGACUUUUGCAGAGUAACUGACUGAAUCAAAGCUAAUGGGUGAAGGAAAGAAACCCUGAAGUGCAGACAUGAAGCUCUGCUGUUGCUGUGAGUCCUCCAGUACAUGGAUGGGAAAGGGUAUGAAAUGUGAUACGCAAGUAUUAGUUCCCGUGGAAAACCUUUUCUCAUGUGCCCCCAGGUUUGUUUCCCAUUUUUGUCUUGAUGCUUCUGGGCCUGCUAGGAGUCUACGGUGUCUAAGCUACACCUCGGGCACUGCCUUCCCAGUGGCAACAUCCAGACACGGGGACUGGGGAUCUUGAAUGUUUUCUGGUGCAGGCCUGUAGGUGUAUGUUACUGCCAAGUCAGCAGACCUUCUCACUAGAAGUCAGAUCUGGCACUUUGUAUUUAAAAUCUAAGAAGUCUGAAAAUGUCCAGAAAUUCAGCAGCGCUCCAGCCCCAGUGUCUGGAUGUGACUUGCCUCAAGUGAGGCUGGUCCUGCAUCCCUAAGGGGUCAGCUCUGAGAGCACCUGUAAGCAGACGGAGAAAGACAGGUCUGUUCCCUUGUCCUCUCCUCCCAAGGCUUCUUCCCAACCCCAAGAGACAGCAGGCUCUGCCUGACAUCCCACCCAUGCUUUUCUACGCGCUGAGUGCCCGCUGGCACUGCAUCUGCCCCGGCAGGUGCUCACCAGGCACCGCGACAACUCUGCUUGAAUAGCAUUGAUGCAACUCAUUAAAAAUGAAAUCAAAA